UUGCUUUUGUGCUGUGAGUUUCUCUUCGUCAUGGCUCGCACUAAGCAGACUGCUCGCAAGUCUACGGGUGGUAAGGCUCCGCGCAAGCAGCUGGCUACUAAGGCGGCCCGCAAGAGCGCGCCGGCCACCGGCGGCGUGAAAAAGCCUCACCGGUACCGACCCGGCACGGUGGCUUUGCGCGAGAUCCGCCGUUACCAGAAGUCUACAGAGCUACUGAUCCGUAAACUACCUUUUCAGCGUUUGGUGCGCGAGAUUGCGCAGGAUUUUAAAACGGACCUGCGUUUCCAGAGUUCCGCUGUGAUGGCUCUGCAGGAGGCGUGUGAGGCCUACUUGGUGGGGCUGUUUGAAGACACCAAUCUGUGCGCCAUCCACGCUAAGCGUGUCACUAUUAUGCCCAAGGACAUCCAGCUUGCUCGCCGCAUCCGCGGAGAGCGGGCAUAAUUACUUUGGUAUCUCACUGGCCAAUCAAAGGCUCUUUUCAGAGC